AGUCCGGACACUUUCACCCCCUUCCAGUCCGGACACCCCCCCCCCCUUCCAGUCCAGACACUUUCCCCCCUUCCAGUCCGGACACUUUCCCCCCUUCCAGUCCGGACACUUUCCCCCCCUUCCAGUCCGGACACUUCCCCCCCUUCCAGUCCGGACACUUUCCCCCCCCCCCUUCCAGUCCGGACACUUCCCCCCCCCUUCCAGUCCGGACACUUUCCCCCCCUUCCAGUCCGGACACUUUCCCCCCCUUCCAGUCCGGACACUUUCCCCCCUUCCAGUCCGGACACUUUCCCCCCCUUCCAGUCCGGACAC